CCGCCCCCCCGCGGGGUGUUUGUGUCAGUUGUAAUCCUUUCCAUAGAACUUCGGCUGCAGCUGCACGGUCGACAUGGCGACCGAGAAAAUGCAACGAUAUUUGCCUAAAAACAGCUGAAGAUUGACCACGUUCAAUCGGAGAUUGGAGAUGCAAGACACAGCACAUUUCUUACGGAUUUCUUCUGGAAGUGGGGGUGUGUUGCAUCACUGUCUGGGAAAAGGGUGGACAAGAACACAAGGUUAUAUACUUCACACUGUGUGCUGAAUGUCCACGAUGUUUGAAAAUAUUUAAGAAUAUUGAUGCUUUGAAGAGUUUUUUUGAUUCCAGUGGAAUCUGUAGGAUUUUUUGUUUCUUUUUGUUUUUAAAAAAACAAAAAAAAAAGCUAACGCAUACACACACUCAAGAAACUAAAGAUCUCGAGACGCAGUUUCCCCAUAGCGCACGUCCGUUACAAUGCCCGUACAAGCUCCACAAUGGACGGAAUUCCUUUUGUGCCCGAUCUGCACCCAAACGUUCGAGGAGACCAUCCGCAAGCCCAUCAGCCUGGGCUGUGGCCACACCGUCUGCAAGAUGUGCCUGAACAAGCUGCAUCGCAAGGCCUGCCCCUUCGACCAGACCACCAUCAACACCGACAUCGAGCAGCUGCCCGUCAACUCCGCCCUGCUGCAGCUGGUUGGUGGACAGGUGCCCAAGCAGCAGCCCCUCACCCUGCUGACGGGGGCGGAAGACACCAAGCACUACGAUGAGGCCCGCAAGUGCGUGGAGGAGCUGGCUCUUUACCUCAAACCUCUCGGCAGCACCAGAGGUGAGCCGCACUGCACCGGGGUGGGUCUGAGCAGCGCGGCCCAGAGCAUGCUGAGCCGGCCCAUGCAGCGGAAGCUGGUGACGCUGGUGCACUGCCAGCUGGUGGAGGAGGAGGGCCGCAUCCGGGCCAUGCGGGCGGCCCGCUCCCUGGGCGAGCGCACGGUCACCGAGCUCAUCCUCCAGCACCAGAACCCCCAGCAGCUGUCCUCCAACCUGUGGGCCGCCGUGCGCGCCCGCGGCUGCCAGUUCCUGGGCCCUGCUAUGCAGGAAGAGGCCCUGAAGCUGGUUCUGCUCGCCCUGGAGGACGGCUCGGCCCUGUCCCGGAAAGUUCUGGUUCUGUUUGUGGUGCAGAGGCUGGAGCCCCGCUUCCCCCAGGCCUCCAAAACCAGCAUCGGACACGUGGUGCAGCUCCUCUACCGGGCCUCCUGCUUCAAGGUGACGAAGCGCGACGAGGACUCGUCCCUGAUGCAGCUGAAGGAGGAGUUCCGCACGUACGAGGCCCUGCGGCGGGAGCACGACUCGCAGAUCGUGCAGAUCGCCAUGGAGGGCGGCCUGCGCAUCGCGCCCGACCAGUGGUCCUCCCUGCUGUACGGCGACCAGUCCCACAAGUCCCACAUGCAGUCCAUCAUCGACAAGCUGCAGACGCCGGCGUCCUUCGCCCAGAGCGUGCAGGAGCUGACCAUCGCCCUGCAGCGGACCGGGGACCCAGCCAACCUCAACAGGCUGAGACCGCACCUGGAGCUGCUGGCCAACAUCGACCCCAGUCCAGAUGCUCCGCCCCCCACCUGGGAGCAGCUGGAUAAGGGCUUGGUGGCGGUAAAGACGGUGGUCCACGGCCUGGUGGACUUCAUCCAGAACCACAGCAAGAAGGGAAGCGACCAGCAGCAGCCUCCCCAGCACAGCAAGUACAAGACCUACAUGUGCCGGGACAUGAAGCAGAAGGGCGGCUGCCCCCGCGGGGCCAGCUGCACCUUCGCCCACUCCCAGGAGGAGCUCGACAAGUACCGAAAAGUGAACAAGCGCCUGGCGGCCCGCCGGCCCCUCAGCCAGUCCCUGACCCAGCUGAAGGAGGUGGGGCUCCCCUGCUCGCCGGGCCUGCAGCCCGAGGACGAUGGCGGCGUGGAGGUGAUGGGCCGCAAGCCCUCGUCCCUGACCAACGGCAUCGUGGCGGCGGGGUCCGGGUCGGCGCUGUCGCAGCUCAUCUCCCGCAACACCGACCCGACCUACGACCCGGGGCGCAAGCCCGGCAAGAUGGACUCCGUCAGCCUGAGCGCGCCAGGGUCUCCCCCGGACUCUUUGGACCCCAAGUCUGUGAUGGCCAUGAACCCCCACGGCAUGUCCCACCCCAGGAUGGCGGACGGCCUUUCCAUGCACAAGCAGCUGCCCGUGGUGCCCAGGGUGCCCCAGAUGUACCCCCAACAGCAGCCUGAACUGUUCUACCCGGAGCCCAGGCCCCCGGCCUCCGCGUCGCAGUAUGAGAGCUCCCAGUACCCCGCGGGUAACCCGUACCCCUACCAGCCCUCGCAGUACGUCCAGCAGCGCUACAUCCGUAACGCCCCUCCCCCCAGCGAGCCGGGCAUGCCCCCGUACCAGGACCCGUACCCCGGCCCCUACGUUCAGGACCGGCAGUACGCCGCCCCUCAGUCCGGCCCCCAGUUCUCCGCCAUGACCCAGCACGUGUACCCCCCUCACUACGACGGUCGCCGCCACUCCCCCUACGCCGGCCCGCCGCCCCAGUCCUUCCAGCCGCGGGACGAGCCGGUCAGGAUGAGCCCCGUGCCCGUCGACGUCCCGCCACCGCCCCCGCCCCCGGCCGCGGGCUCCCCGUACCUGUCCGAGUCCUCUCGGGACCGGUACCCCCCAGAAGCCUACUACCCUGUGGGCCCCCACCACAGCCAGAUGAGGUCAUAUGCCCGGGACCCCUGUCGCCCCCAGCACAGUCUGGAUUACCUGCACCGCCGGCGCAAGGAGAUCAUGGCCCAGCUGGAGGAGAGGAAGGUCAUCUCUCCCCCGCCCUUCGCCCCCUCGCCUACCCUGCCCCACACUUUCCCCACCAACUACCCGCAAGAGCAGUACAUGGAAGAGAACCCUCAAGCCUUCGGGAAGUGUCGGGAGCCGGACUACGCUGGCCAGUACUCCCCCUGGUCAUGUGACACCAUCAGUUCCUACAUUGGGAGCAAGGAAGUCAAGUCCAAAGACGUCAUGGCAGGUGGUGCCAUGGAGAUGAUGAAUGUAGACAGCAAAGGCUUACGGGAGCCGGCCGUGGACAUGCAGCGCCGGUCGGCCGAGGCCAAAGACGAUGACCCCAUCAUCCCCUUCGGCCCCAUGCCCACCGUGUCCCGCUUCGGGGCCAUUUCCCGCACCUCCAAGACCGGCUACCAAACCACCGGGCCGGUCCAGGCCAUGGCCUCUUCCCAGGGAUCUGCCACCAAACACAUCACUGUAGCAGCUGAUUACAUGUACGGGAAUCACGGAAGCUGGGGCGGGGCCUCCUACCCUCAGCACCAAAACAUGACGCCUCAGGGACAUUUGAGCGAGCGUCUGCCCAUCCCAGCCCAGGACAGGGAGCAGCUGAAGAUGGAACUCCAGCAGGUGAACCAGCAGAUCAACCAACAGACCCACGUCCGCGGCAUGGAGGCCGCCGGCAGCGCCUUGCUGCUGCAGAGGGACGCCGGCGCCCUGGCCGCCCCCCCGGGGCCCGGCGAGUGGUCCGCGGGAAACGUCUCCAGCGAGCAGCUGAGCCUGGAGCUGCACCAUGUGGAGAGGGAGAUCGGCAAGAGAACCCGCGAGAUGGCCAUGGAGAAUCACGCAGCUCACGAUGUGAAAUACAAGCUGAAGGCUGCGGAGAACGGGCAGCCGGACCACAAAGUCCAGCGAGAGGACCCCAUAGCACUCAGUGAGGGCUCGAACGGUUCCAGCGGCAUGUUGGCGGACGGCGGUGGCGGCAGCAUGGCGUCUCUGUCCAGCAAGACGUCCUCCCUCAGCCUGUCCUCCGACCUGGGGCCCGGCGGCUCGGACCUGCAGAAGAACGGGGUGGUGCACCCCUGCUCCUGAGCGCGCGGGCCCCCUCGCCACCGCCACCGAUAACAGGGCGACCCCGCCCUCGCCAACGCUGGGGAGGGAGGGGGGGGGGAAUUAUAGAUGCAGUUCGUCCAGCUUCUCGGUCUGAUGCACCCCACCCACAUUGGCAGAACGCUGACUUGCGCCCGUGUCAUCGCUGGGGGUUGGCGACUCAGGGCCUUUCCUCGCCUCCAGUUUUGAUAAAGACUGUUUGCGGUUUCCAACCCCUUUAGCUUCAUUGCAUGCAAGGGCUACGGCUGGAGCUCAACCAAUAAGAGAAGUUGCCGGUUUUGAUAUUCUCUCAUGUGGAUGGGGUGCAUAAACGAUUGGAGACCCGACACACAUGCAUACACACACAACCUGCGCACAUACACCUUUUUGUUUUAUUUAGAAAUAAGCAGUAUCUGCCGUGAAUUCAAUAUUCUCCUCUUUUUGUUCUGUGAAUGAACUUUAUUAUUUUUCUUAAUAUAUGACUUCUCAUUGCCUUGGGUGCCAGGGCAUUUGAUUUUUUUUACAAGAUGGAUUCUUUUCAAUCAUUGCAUUUAAUAACACACAAGCCAGGAAUUGCAACAAAAGAAGUAACCCGAUAAUGAUAAAGUUUCCCUGGUGAAAUAAUUACACACCUACCAUCUUGGAGUCAGCUGUAAUUCAGUCAGCUUAUGUUGUUCAGCUUUUACUAUAAGAGGAUUCUGCUAGAGCUGCAUAUUUAGUAGUCUCCUUACAGUCCUGCCUACAUGGCUUUUGUGUGGAAUGUCAGACACAGAUUUUUGUUUGUCUUCAUAAACCAAACUUAACAGUAAAUUUUUUUUUCCUGAGUAGGCAAACUUCCCUUGUGCAGUGCCCAUCAUAAACUGACCAUAGUGUUGACCCUGACCUAGAUUGCUGAAGUUUGAGGUAGCGCAUUUAAUGUUGACAAGGAAAAAAAACGCAGGAGUGGUAUUCGCUAAGAUCAUCAGUAAGCCUACAGUUCCUUUCUUAUUACCAAACUUUGCUGAAGCAGAUGGACAACUUCACAAUAUGAUCCAAUACCAUUUUAUAUCAUACCUUCCAUUUCAUAGUGCAUUUUUUGUGUUGACAUCACUUAAGUAGAGAUGACCUAAUGAAUCCAUUAUUAAUGAAAAUAGAUUUUUUUUUUCCCUGUACCUGACCCUUUUAGACAACCGUUGAAGGGAGCAUACCAUCAGCGAACGGUAUCUACAGUCCCCCAACAGAGACGUCACUGUCUUUGUUGCCUCAGUGUUUCAAUCUUUUGCUAAAGUUAUUUUGUGGAAUCAAUUUAAACUUGGUAAUUAAUCAACAUAAUUGCAAUUUAUAAAUUAAGUGUAGUCUUUAGUUGGGUUACUAUCAAUGAUACCUUUUCAUGCUCCUUUAAAACUCAGUGAUCAGAAGGUCUUGAAUUCUCGACCUGUCGAGCUGUGAAAAUGUACCACUGAUGGAGUGAACCUCUUUAAACCUGUGUUUUCCAGCUUUAGUGUGUGCUGUGACCGUAAGGCUGAUGGUAUGCGCCUGGAUGGCCCACUGCUCCUCAGGAGUCAGCUGGCCUGCCAGUAGGCCAUGAACCCCACGCCUCCUCAGGCAGCAGACCCCUGGAGAAAUAGGCAGACGCCAGCCACAGCAAACUACUCUUUCACAUUGAAUUUGAUCUACCAUGCAUGGCUGAUAUAGGGGGGGAAGCAGGCUUUGGCUUGGAAUUCAAGCUUUUAUUUCAGACUUUGUUUUUAAUAGCCGCAACAAGAGUCCAGGGAAGGGGAAGUUGGAAAGUUUUUUUUUUUGUUUUUUUUUUUAAGCCCAAGGCUUCUGUUGGCAUGGUGUUGAUCAGAAUUACUGAGGUCUUCAUAGUUGGAGCGAAGGACAGAGGUGGAUGUGUUUACGCAAUCCUCGAUGUAUAAAGUUAAAUUAUUAUUCUGAGGGUAUUCUUUAAAGUUUCAUACUGAGGCAGAUGCCUAUUUUUGUUUUAUAAAGGGAGAACACAAUUCUUGAACAUAUUCUGUUUUUAAGAAUAUGUAUUUUUUAUAAUGCGUUUUUUGCUAUUUUGUUAUUGAGAUGUUUUGAUACGUUUUGCACACAAAAAAAAAAACACCUGCUCGUCUUAAGCAGGGCGACACUGUGCCAUUCAGCUUGUUUGUUUCCUCUGGGGUAUUUGCACAGACUUCAAGUUUUUGCCGACGCACUCUGUUCUCUUGCUUGCAGCACAUCCUGUCAGGAAAACAGCACUGUGCAGGCCAGGAGAGGAGUCUCCUUAUAUGGCUGGCGUCAGCACUUUGAUCAUUUGCACUCUUACUUUGUUAGAAUGCCCUCAGAAUGCUCUGAUCACAUUUUUUGCCAACAGCUGUGAACUGAACCGAGCUUUAUUUUAUUGGUUUCUUUUUCAUUAACUUCUAUGAAGUUGCAGGAAAAGACGUUUUUUUUUUUUUUCUAUUCUAUAUUCAUAUUUCGGUUGACCAUUUCCCCAAGGGGCUGAGAAGAGGGUGGGGUUAUAAUACUGGCAGGCCAAUCGGUUGUGUCUUAAGUUUUAAUGAAAGCUGGCGAAGGUACAGAUUUUGGGUCUUCCAAAAAGGAAAAAUAUUCACUUCCACCUCACAUCUGUAAGGGUUCAUAUUUGAGCAGUUGUGGCUUUAAUCUUUUCUUUGAAAUUGUUGAAUGUUCAAUGGUGGAUGGAAUCGCCUAAAGGCUUUUCUUAUUUUUAUAAAAGUGUUCAGCUGUAUGUAGGUGUAUUCACUUAAGUUAUGUCUCACUUUUGAGACGCAGUCAUUUUAUUGAAACUUCAAAAACGCAAUUUAAGGUCCUGGUGGACCAGUGGUCUCUAGAGAUUGAAUAUAAUACCCUCCUGCCUGUUUGAAAUUUGAUCUGAUUUUAAACAGAUGACCCCCCCCCCCCCUCCGACCCACCCAUCUGCUGUGUCCUUCAAUCCUGUCCAUAUGUAGCUACCUUUUGAGCUCAGUAAUCUUAUCAGUGACCUAAUGUCUACCUUCUAAAGCAGGAUAUGAAGGCAUUCGAUAUCUGUGUUGGUGAGAUAGCAAUAUUAUCAAAAAUAUGACUGUUAAUUCUAAAUAGAAACCUGGCUGCAUAGUAAUGCUCAUACAUUUCCCUGUUGUUGACAUAGUCAUUUUCACUUGGGUAUUCAGAAUAACCAAACAUAGUUGCGGGCACUGCAGGUUGAAUGCCAAGCUGGAGUUUGUAACCACCGCGUGAUUUCUCAUUUGUGUAUGUGCUAAGUUACAACUAUGUGUCCCGAGUAAUGUUAUGUCGACUGAAUGCUUACCUGAUCCAUUAACGGGUCAUUUUGACAAGUAGCAUUGCAAUAUUAAUUUCUGUGACUCUGUUUAUUUCUCGCUUCCUCGUCGAGGUUGAGUAAAAGUUCAUUCUGACUUCAGUGUGAUUUACAAGCUGUCGUUGGAAUUGGAUUGUGUCACAAGGCUGGCAUUGCAGUGAAAUGGAGCCUUAGUUAAAGUCUAGACUGCCUACCAUGUGUUUCCAUGGAAGCCGUCUGGAAGGCUGCAUGUAGCCACUGAAUGCAGCAGUUCUCACAGCAGUGCACACAGUUGCUAAUGGCAGCUGGGUAAUGGAGUUCCUUUUGUUUGAUCCGUGGACAUUCGUAGCACUGGCGUAAACCGAUUCUGUCCACUCUCUUUGCAUCCGGAUUGCCUUGCAGCAACUUGAGAUUGAAGCAGAGUCUUUGAAUUACUGUAAAACCGUGUGAGUGCAUUACAGACCCGUCUCAGCGGCUGCUGAAAUGGCCGAGCGAUCAGCUACUUUCUUGUAAAGCAGAUGUUGGCCGACAUGCUUGACACUUUGAUGUUAAAUGUAGCGCUCACACUGACCCUGUUUUUCAUUAUUGAAUUUACUGAUUACAUGACGUUUGUGUGGCAAGUGUGGGAGUGGCCUGUUUUUUUAAAUACUCAGAUGGCUGAACAUCACUUCUCUAAGUUAUUUAUAGGGCAGUGAUUCCCAGUCCUCGUGUUCAUGCACAGUAAUUCACAGUAAUUUGGCCUCCAAGCAAAUAAUCUGCACAGCGAUAGGUUCCCUGGCUGUGUCAAAACAUUAAACCAAUCUGACUCGUUGACAAAUUGUUGUAGUUAAUCAGGUAAUGGACGUGCACAGAUUCACUGACCAAGGGUUUCCUGAGAAACUGUUGCCCUCCUGGAUGCAGGCUGACACUUGCUUUACAUUGGCACUUACAGCCAGAAAUUGCCAAGCUUCUGAAGACACUGGAGUGUAGUCGGUGUAGCAUUACCAAAACGGAAGAGACGAGCUCCCCCGGAGGGUAGGAUCAGACUCCUGCGUCUCUGAGAUCUAGAUCUCCCGUGUCUUCGGACGGCUUUCACGUGACCGGACUCUCCAUUGAUGAAUCGGACAGGUGGAACUAAUAAUGUACGUUCUUGGUACAUGUCUUCUCCGGUGAUGCUUCUCUUUGACGUGUUUGUUACUAUUUUGUAGACCGACAUAUACUGGUCUCUUGAGACAGUCUACAAUCUUAAAGCACCAAUUUUGGUGGGAUUUCUUUUUAAGUAUAAUCUAUGUGUAACAUUACAAUUAUUAUUACUAUUGUUGUUGUUAUGAUUAUCGUUGUUACUAUUGCUUGGGAAAGAGCUUUUGACAUUUAAGCAAUCGUCAAGAUUGGAUAAGAACGAGCCUAGCUUAGACAUAGAGAAGUAGAUGAAAGGCACGCCUUCUAAAUAAAAAAAUGUAACAUCUUUAAAGUGGUGUGUAGCAUUGAGCCAAGGUCUAUUGGCUCCAUAUCAUACGUAUUAGUGGUUUCUGUCUCGGAACCACUCCUGUAAUUAUCUGGUGUUUCAUUUACCAUCAAUUGAAAUGAGCACACAAAAAAAAAUAAGAAAAUAAUUCUCCAUACCCUUAGCUGGCUCUGUCUUGGGAUGACUUGGUCUGCGUUAAGUAAUGCUACGGUUCUAUCUUUCCUAUUGCAAAGGUUUUCGUGCUCAUCUUGGCCAAGCAUUGAUGAAGCCCAUGUGGAGUAAUGUAUUGCACACAUGCCCCAUGGCUUUUUUUUGCUUGAUUUUUUUCGAAAUGGGAGCAGGGUUUGAAUGAACUGGCUGAGGUUCUGCCUUGCAUAGGAAUGCUCUGGAUGGUGCGGUCAUUCAGAUCUCCGGAGCAGUCAGUCAGUCGGUCCCAUCCUUCGGAGUGCCUUUCAGCAGGCUCCUGACUAUAUUUAAGCUUUGGGCACGCACUCGCCUGUAAAUAGUACCAUAAUGUGCAACUAUUAAUCCACUCAUUCAGAGUCAGCAUUUAUAUUAAAUGAUCUCUACAGAAUCAGUAAUGCAAACAUCUGUCAGUUAACUGGUUGCCAAUGCAGAGCUGAGUAUCGCUUGUCCUUUCUGAGACAAAGGCGUUCAGUGCCAGAAAUUAUAACCUUUGUUUACUUAACCAUUUUGUGUCUGUUCAAAAAGAAGAAGAAAAAAAACUUUAAUUGGGGAAGAAAAUCUUUAGUUUGGCAUGUUUCGUUGUUGUGCAGUAUUGAUUGGUGUGUGUUUUGGGUAAUAAAGCUCACCGUAGCGUAAGUGGGGGGCGAGGGGGGUGGGGGGGCAUGUUGACACAUUCACAUUUGUUUUUCUUUGAGCUUGCAGUUGAGUCAUGGAGUGAAGAUUCUUAUUUAAGAUUAGUGUGUGGAGUUGGGUGAGCUUUGGGUAAACAGUAAUUGUUUAGAGAGGAGGAAAACCAUUCGUUCAAUAGAUUUCUUAAAUCUGUUGUAAAAUUAAAUCUGUUUACAAGUCUGGUCAAUGCAAAGCCUGCCCAAACCCAACACCAUGGAGCUCCAUUGUUCAGUUGGUCUUAAAUCUGUCCCAGAUAUCUGCAGUGGUGUUUUCAUAUUUAUUCAAAUGACAGCUAUGUUUGAGCAUACAACACUGAGCAAUUAGAUUCACAAAAUACUGACUUGGAACUGACCGUGUAGGAAAUGUUAACUAUUGGUAUUAAAUUGCUAAAGGAAAUGUAGUCAAGUAACAAAAACUGAAUAUUUUACCUUUCCUCUAUGAAGAUUGUUAAACCGUCACAUUGAUUGUCAUCUUCAGUUAAUCUGUUUACCCGUUGCUAGUCCUCCACAUUUUUACUAUAUUUGCAUUAUUUGUUGAGAUAAGCACAUGUUAAGUAGAUAUUUUACUCUCAUUGGGAGUCAUUGAUCACAUUAGGUUUUCUUUUAUAGAAUUUCUUACAGAAAUGGAUAUACUGCUUUGAUACACAGUUAUGCCAUUUUCCCUGAAUUAUUAUUUUCCUGAAGAAUGACACAGUGGACUGGAAAGCAGUGUGUGAGGAUUAUUUCCAAUAGUUUUUGCAUGCAUUGAUAGUGUGUACACAAAGCAGUGUGACCUUAGAGGUACUGUGUCAUUGGAAUCUACCUGGGAAUGGAUUUACAGAGUAUUUAAUCUGAUCUGCUUGCAGUGGGAAGGUGUACUGAUUGCUGAUCUUGAUGUAUCAUCAAUUAGCUCAAGCUUGUAGUUUGGAUAUCUGUGAGAUUGGUCACUGUAUCAGUCUUGCUGUAUUCACGCCCAGUACUAAAACAUUCACUAUUGAGAGCGGAAUGCCUCUGGCCAGCUGUAAAACAGAACAUAGCGAAGGAAUGGACAAACCAGUAACGUGCUCGCGUACGUGCGUGCACACAGGCGCUAGUGUUUUAGCUUGUAGCUAUAGGAAAGCCACUAGGAGUUGAUUUUCUGUGUGAAUAGGCGUCCCAAUGGGAGUGUUGUUCGCUCCUUUUUCUCUCUCUCUCUCUCUCUCUCUCUCUCUCUCUCGUUCAAUCUGAGCGCUCAUUGCCUAUACAAAUGGAAUUAAUUGUAACAAGAUCAGGCUGUCUUUGCAUUAUUUUUUAAUUUUAUUCCUAACAUUGGGAAGUGUAAUUGCUUUUGAUGAUUACUCCCAAGUUUGUCUUGUAAAAGAUUGCUUAAAUUAAGGUACAAGUUUAACUUCAACAAGAAAAAGAAAUUUGUUUGUUUUUAUAUUAUACUCCAUUAAGGAAUGUUUAGAAUUAUAUUUCUCCAAUGUGGAUGUAGCUGUUAUUAUACCUUUUUUUGUUGUAACAGAAUUCACUGUGUGAAAUGGGUUUGCAUUUUUGUAUAAUACAAUCUGCUUCUUUUUGUUUUGUUUCCUUGAGACGGGAGGGGAUAACUAACUGGAAGUUUGAAGAAAAUAUAAAAACAAAAAAAAACCUGUGAAUUAAAAAAAAAAAAAAUGUAACUUAUGUGCAACAGUGAUUCUUUACUGGCAGGGACUGUGAUUAAAUAAUAUUGUAAAUUUA